AUGUCGGUGGGUGCCUCCAACAAAUCAAGUCCUUCUUUCCCCUCCUCCGUGGUCUUCGCCAGCCUUUAUCUAUUCAUCUUCAUAGCUGGGCUGCUCCUGAACUCCAUGGCGUUGUGGGUGUUUCUCCAGAUACGGACGCAGAAGAGAACCUUCAUGCUUUACCUACGGAACAUGGCGCUGGCUGACCUGCUCAUGACCUUGACCAUGCCCAUCACCGUGAUAGAACAGACUUCUCUGAAGCCUUGGUGGCUUCCGGCCAUCUCCUGCCGCUACACCGCCGUGAUCUUUUACUGCUGCAUGUAUGCCAACAUCCUAUUUCUGGGACUAGUUGCUGUGGAUCGAUAUCUUAAGAUCGUAAGGCCGUUUGGGGGCCAGUUUGGCAAUUGUCUUUACAGCUACUCAUUCACAGUAGCCAUGGCUAUUACAGCGUGGUUAGUCAUGGUGACACUUUCACUUCCCAAUACCAUACUGACCAAUCAACCAGUAACACCGGAGAACGCAAGCGAUUGCCAGAAGCUAAAGAAUGAAUUUGGUCAAAUGUGGCACAGAAUGGGCAUCUACAUCAACAUAGUGAUCUUCUUUUUAGUUCUGAUCACCCUGCUCUUCUGCUAUGUGACCAUCUACAGGUACAUCCGUCAAUCUUCAGAACAGUUUGUUAUAAUAGACAAACAAUCCCAGCGUAAACCCAAGAAAGGGCAGAACAUUCUGGUGCUCCUGGUGGUGUUUUCCAUUUGCUUUGUGCCUUAUCAUCUGUGGAGAGUUCCGUUCACCCAAAACCAGACUAAUGACGUAUACUCUCCAUACGUCCAAUCCAUACUGAUGUGUGGGAAAAAGGUCACGCUCUUUUUGUCUUCCUGCAACGUGUGCCUGGACCCGAUUAUUUACUUCUUCAUGUGCAGGCCGUUUCGUGUCAAACUAGCGCAAACGCUCGGGGUUUGGACAUAUCUAGAAAACACACUGAAGAAAAUAACCACGCCCGAGAGGAAGACGGCCGUGGUGUUGCGUUUUAGAGAGGGCUCAACAUCAGUCUGA